CUCUCCCUCUCUCAUCACCAUGGCCACCAUUGACUUUUCCGACGUGGAAGCUUUCCUGGACGGGCACCCGGACCUGUUCGAGGAUUACCUGCUGAGGAAGGGAAAGCGGGACUCGGUGACCAAGUGGCUGAAGGAGCACAGGUCGGCGAAGGUCCCCGGCGAGGAGGGCGGCGGGGCCAGGGAGCAGUGCCGGGGCAAUGGCCGAGCAGAGGGGCUGCACCGCCGCUCCUCCCAGAAGGAGCUGAGGAGGAGCUUCGCCAGGUCCCGGGCCAUGACGGCGCACAGGACCUACGACGAGGAACAUGUCACCCCGAGGGCGCGGGACCCCAGCACCGGCUGCAGCAGCAGGCGGGCUCUCCUGAGGAAAGCCAGCUCCCUGCCCCCCACCACGGCCCACAUCCUCAGCGCCCUCCUGGAGUCCAGGGUCAACGCUCCCCAGUACCCCUCCGCAGCCACGGACUACAAGUACCGCCUGAAGGACGGCGACGAGAGGGCGUUCUUCCUGGAGCUCGUCAAGGACAUCUCCAACGACCUGGACCUCACCAGCCUGAGCUACAAGAUCCUCAUCAACGUCUGCAUCAUGGUGGGCGCGGACCGCUGCUCGCUCUUCCUGGUGGAGGGGCCUCCUCACAAGAAGACACUGGUGUCCAAGUUUUUCGACGUCCACUCGGGCACCACUGUGCUGCCCUCCUCCAGGGCGGAGAGCUCCAACGAGGUGCAGGUGCCUUGGGGGAAGGGGAUCGUCGGCUACGUGGCUGAGCACGGAGAGACGGUCAACAUCGCUGGCGCUUACCAGGACCACCGGUUCAGUGAUGAAAUCGACAAGCUGACUGGCUACAAGACUAAGUCCAUCCUCUGCAUGCCAAUUCAGAACAGUGAUGGCGAGAUUAUUGGGGUGGCACAAGCCAUCAACAAAAACCCUGCGGGUGCACCUUUCACCGAUGAUGAUGAAAAAGUACUACAAAUGUAUCUGCCAUUCUGUGGCAUAUCCAUUUCCAAUGCCAAACUGUUUGCAGCGUCUCGAAAGGAAUAUGACAGAGGCAGGGCAUUACUAGAAGUUGUCAAUGAUUUAUUUGAAGAGCAAACAGAGCUGGAGAAGGUUGUCAGGAAGAUCAUGCAGCGAGCUCUAACCCUGCUACAAUGUGAGCGAUGCUCUGUCCUUCUUCUGGAAGAUGUUGAAUCUCCUGUCGUCAAGUUUUCAAAGACUUUUGAACUGAUGUCUCCAGUGUGUUGCGUGGACAGUGAAAUUAGCAUGGAGAAACUAUCCUGCUCUGAUUGGCUGAUAAAUAACAGCAUCGCAGAGCUGGUUGCAUCAACAGGCCUUCCAGUCAAUAUCAGCGAUGUCUACCAAGAUCCUCGCUUCGACACUGAGGCAGACCAGAUGUCUGGCUUUCAUAUACGUUCUGUGCUGUGUGUUCCCAUCUGGCACAGUAAUCAUCAAAUCAUCGGUGUUGCUCAGAUCCUCAACAGGCUGGAUAGAAAGACAUUUGAUGAUGCUGAUCAAAGGUUGUUUGAGGCAUUCGUCAUUUUUUGUGGUCUUGGUAUCAACAAUACGAUGAUGUACAAUCAAGUGAAAAAGUCCUGGGCGAAGCAGUUGGUGGCUCUUGAUAUGCUGUCCUACCAUGCGACAUGCUCAAAAGUAGAGGUUGAUCGACUGAAGGCUGCAAAAAUUCCAUCUGUAAGUGAACUGGGAAUUGCCAAUUUUUACUUCAAUGAUUUUUCCCUCGAUAGCGAUGGAAUGAUCACAGCCUCACUAAGAAUGUUUAUGGAGCUGGGAAUGGUACAGAAAUUCAAAGUAGAUUACGAGGUUCUAUGCCGCUGGCUCCUCACAGUGAGAAAAAACUACCGUAAUGUUCCAUACCACAACUGGCGCCAUGCCUUCAAUGUUGCUCAGUGCAUGUUUGUCAUGAUCACAACUGUUGGCUUCCGGGAGAUUAUUUCUGAUGUUGAAAUCCUCGCCUUGAUGGUGGGCUGUCUGUGUCAUGACCUUGACCACAGAGGAACAAACAAUGCUUUCCAGGCAAAGAGCAGAUCUGCACUAGCCCAGCUAUACGGCACGUCCGCCACUCUGGAGCACCAUCAUUUCAACCACGCUGUAAUGAUACUGCAGAGUGAGGGUCACAACAUUUUUGCGAACCUAUCUUCCAAAGAGUACAGUGAUAUGAUGCAACUGCUGAAGCAAGCCAUACUGUCCACUGACCUCAUGUUGUAUUUUGAGAAGCGCACAAAGUUCUUUGAAUAUGUCAUGUCUGGAGAGCACAACUGGCGUCUUGAGAAGCGCAGGGAAAUGUUGAGAUCUAUGCUGAUGACGGCUUGUGAUUUAGGAGCUGUCACAAAGCCUUGGGAGAUAUCAAAGCAGGUAGCUGAACUGGUAACCAGUGAGUUCUUUGAACAAGGAGACAGAGAGCGUGCUGAGUUGAAGUUAACGCCAGCUGCUAUCUUUGACCGGAAUAGGAAGGACGAGUUGCCAGGACUUCAGCUGGAGUGGAUUGAUGGGAUCUGCAAGCCAUUGUUUGAGGGAUUGGCUAAACUGAACGGAAAGCUUCAGCCCAUGGUGAAUGGAAUUAAUGCAAACAGGACUAAAUGGGAGGAACUCUACAGAAUGUACCGUCAAUCCCAUGAUGCCACAGAUGCCACUAAUCACACAUUGAAUAAUGAACAAUGAAGCGAUCCACUAUCUUGUGCAAUGGACGUCAUAAUACUUGAUCACCUAACCUCCCAGCCACAGAGGGUAGUUUUGGCCUCUGGCAGAUGGAAAGUUAAUGACAAUGAUGCAAUUGCUGAGUAUCUUCGAUAUUGUUUUGGCCACAAAGUCAACCUUACUCGAACAUUACCAUGAGGACCAUCUGUGUGGCUGCUGCAGAGAAGGUGGAUUUCUUUGAUCACAAACAGUGGAAUCGGUCAGACAAUCAGACUGAACUGGAAUGUGGACUUCUGUGGCAGCAUUGCUAGCAGUCAGAGAAAUUAUCUUAUUUCAUUGAAGUAUUGUCUGCAAAAAGGAAAACUAAUGGACUCUUACUAAAAAGCGCAAAAAUAGCAAAUGUAUCUUUAAAAAGAUGGCUUUGCAGCGUUGCCUGAUUUAUAGAAAUAGGAUAAAAAUUGCAGUUUUCUUAAUAGAUUCAUUGCAUCUGAGAUAUAUCACACUUUUCACUCGAAUGUUUGGGUUCAAUGCCCAUUCCCUGCAUGAGAACUAACCACUAAACUACAGGUAAUGAGUUAGCCCUGGAACAAGAUGCAUUAUGCACAAAGUGAUAUCUUUUUGUUUAAGGCAGAGCUGCAAAUGCAAUAUUCUAUUGCUUCUUUAGAAUGGAACAGCGCAAUUAUUGUAACCCUUAGAAUGAAUACUCAGCACUGUAUAAAAACAAGCACCAGCAGCAAAGACUGAUGUAAUUGAUCAGGGAAAUGCACCAAAGAGAGAAUGUAAUCACUUUCAUGAUGCACAUCAUUCUGGAACUAGAAUUGCAACAUAUAAAGCACUGUUUCUGUAAUAAAUUAGAGGAGGGGUAUAAUUUUAAGAGCAUGCAUGAAAAAUGUGAAAGUCUGUUAAAUAAUAACCUACGGGGAACAGUUUGUUUAAGUGAAAGCAAAUUAAGAUGCUAAACUUUUUGUCUCCUUUUUCUCAGUUUUAUUACCUGAACAAAGAAUGCUUGUACUGCUGAGAGUUUGUAUAUCAGUGUGCAUGUCUCAAUGCUAUUAAAAAUCUUAUUUGAACAAUUUAUGUUCACUUCCUUUACAAUAUCAGUUAGGGAGUCAGUGUGAAGCGGGACGUGGUUUAUUUUGUUUUUUAAAUAAUCUUUUAAAUUGUACAUUAGAUGAAUGAGGCAAAGAUUGUUCCACUUGUUUAUGUAGUUGUUGAAUUAAAAGUCAAUGAGACUGAGAUUAAUUAA